AUGGACACUGAGACAUCACUCGCUGCCAAUGGGACAAGUAGCCCCGAAAAGCGACCCGCUGAAGAGGCUGGGCAGCCCACCAAGCGGGCACGUACGAGAGAAGACCAGGCGCGGGGGCGGCGCAUGUUCGGUAACAUUCUCGGCACGCUGCGCAAGUUCCAGGACGAGGAUAAGAGCUCAAAGCGGACCGAGGCUGCCAAGCGCCGCGAGGAGACGUCGGCGCGUAUUGCCGAGAAGUUACGUUCCGAGGCCAACGCACACCAGGAGCUCGGGGAUGCUGAACGUGAGCUGCGAACCCUGCGCAUACAGGUCGACAACGCGGGAUACCUGCUCGGCCACCGCGAGAUUGCUAUGCGCUCCCGCCACCGCACACUCCGCUCCGCGUCCAAGUACCUCUCCACGACCUCGACUCCGGGGUCCCACGACGGCGCGCUCUUCCCUACCUCCCCUGCGCCCGUGGCUCAGCGUCGCGGCGGACCCACACCCAGCCUCUACUUCCUGCCCAAGGAGCUGCUUCCGCAUCAGGAAGAACAGCUCAAGCAACGGCAGGAGAGUAUAGCGCGCACGAUUGAGGACGAGGACGACGCGCUGCAGCGCGACCAGCGGGCUGCGAAGACCAAGGCGGAGGAGAGCGAGCGGCGGAUCACCGAGCUCGACGACAAGGUGCGCCAGCUGCGGGCGGCCAAGGAUGCGCGCCGCGGUAGCGAACGGGAGAGGUCACCGGCGCCCAGGGCGCGCCGUGAUAGCGCACGCGAGCGUGAGCGUGAGCGGGAGAGGCCACGCAGUCGGUCACGUUCGCGCUCGCGUAGUAGGCACUCGUACAGCGCCGCGCCACCAUUAGAUGACCAUAUGGAGGUUGAGGUUGAGUACUAA